GUAACUGCCAGAUUUAUGAGUAAAUUACGUUUUAUUGCCUAGCGAUCUUAGGAAACAUUAGGCACUUGCGUUCGUGGUAGUAACUACCUACGUAGGAAGUCUCGAAUCCAGUACAUUUAGGAAUUAAACAUCUCAAAUCCUUUUUACACACCUAUUUACUACCUCCUAUUCAAGCUAUAAGGAGGUCCUCAAUUCUGUGUUAAGUAACUACUCGAAUGUCAUCCGCCGGGUUUCAGUUAUGUUCCGGUCCACAUUAUCGUCAUCAGAAAGCUACCCAUUUUCUUUCAUCCAAACCUAACUCGACCUUUUUUUUUUUUUAAAAAAAAUCUCACUUUGACCUCAUACAACCUUUCCAACUCCAUCAUUGCAACCCAUAUUAAGGUCAUUUAUCAAACCUUACUAUGGCCAAGAAUAAAAGGGGCGGCGGAGGCUCUAGGUUUAAAGGCCAGAGAUUCCCUCGUCGUAAGAACCCUCUAUUCGGGAAUCCACCGGGGGAAUAUAGUGGCAAUAAUUCAUCACCAGUCUCUCACGGCUCCGUGCGACUUCAUGGCUAUACGCUUGCCGACGAGGCUAGGAACACGGCAUCCAAUCGCCGCGGAGCUCGUGGCACUGAUGCGAAACUAAGAUAUAAGCCUGUUACAUUCAUCAGCGCUGGUUUCAUGGACCCUCUAAACGAUCUCAAUGUACAACUUACCACUUCAAAUGAAACGCAGGUAAGCUCGGGUACAGCAGAGAAAACAUCGGCUGCUACGGGUCCUAUCAUAGAUAUUCAUCCAUCUGAGGGCCACGUUUCGCCUUCGCCUGGUGAAGUGCCGUCUCGUAAUACACAGUCAUCUUCCACGUUAAAUGCCCCUAUUGUUCCAAACAAAAACUCGGCAAAGGGUCAUAGAUGCUCUGCAGAUCCCAAAUCCGAUCACAGCGGUGAUUCGAGUGGUGAUUCCAGCGAGGAAGUCAUAUUAUUCAAAGGGAGAGAUCGCGCUCGCAAAGAGCCAAUCUCCCCGAAAACUAAACAAGAUGAGGCUGAGGUCGAUUCUUUGAAACUCCAUGAAUUGGAUUUUGAGCUACAGCAGGUUAUCGAAGAGACCAUUCACCCAGAACCUGCAGAAUCAGAGCACGUCGUGGAAGAGGAUGAUUAUAUCCCUAUAAGUACCAAACCGAAAAACCGUGGAAGGUGGCGUAAAGUAAAUCAGAACGUUACGUCAGAUGAGGAUGCCGCCAUCAUUGCAGAUUAUAUGGCCAAUAUUAAGGAUUGGGAGGAGGAAGAUAAUGAAGCCCAGCAUUUAGGAGUCGAGUCUUACGGUUUUAGUACGCUGAGAGAUCUCGGCGGCACCGAUAGCGACGCUGUUCCCGACGAAGUCUCUAGCGAAGACGGUACAGGCCGCAGCUCGGAAGAUGCGGAAGACGAAACCAACGCAGAAAAUCACCGACGUCACCUCGAGAUAGAGGAUGAACGCAUAGCCCGCAUGCUCGCUAAACAAGAGGAGCUCGGUAUUAGCGGCGAUGAUGUUUUGCUCUUUGAUGGAGAAGCAUCCGACGAAUGGAUGACGUCCCAAGCUGCCCCGCGUCGUAAAAGGAAGGGUGAUUCCAAGAAAGCUAAGAUGAUCCAAAAGCAAAGCCAAUUUCCAAGUGCAACGCAGAUGGCGGAUGCAUUCGACGAGCUAGACCUCAUGGAUUGGCAUAGACCCAGUCUUAACAACUUCAAUAAGGGGCUACCAACAAUUGAUCUAUCAGACUCCGAGUUGGAAGAGGCUAUGAGAUUAACCCACCAGCGGGACCGCCUUAAGAAGGCGGAGAAGAAGAAAGCACGCGAGGAACUACGGUCCCAGGGUCUACUUGGAAAGAACGUCAAUCCCAAUGACCUUCGAAUUAAGUACCUUGGGGGCAUGUCAUUAGAUGACCUCGCUAACGAACUUGAGGCCUUCCUGCUUGGUUCUAAAGAACAACUUAUUCUGCCACCAUUUGACAAAGAUACCCGUAAAACUGUCCACGCUCUAGCCAACAAGUUUAGAAUUAAAUCGCAAUCUGCGGGCAAGGGCAAGGAUAGAUACCCGGUCCUUUAUCGCUGCAAGACCACGCUCCCAUUUGACCAAGCCACCUUUGAUAGAACAUUUGGCCGCGUCAAGCAAACCUGGUUCCCACGUGUCGACGCCAACGCCAAAUUGGUGGAUGAAACUAGAAUCCUCAAGCGAGCCGAAGCCCGCAGUGGUAAGUCGCGCUUCAAGAGUUCUUUAACCUAUCGUGAAGGCGACAUCAUUGGACAAAAUGCCGUUGAACUAGGCGUAGAGAACAAGGGCAGGACGAUGCUUGAGAAGAUGGGAUGGUCAAAGGGCAUGGCCCUGGGAAGUAAGGAGAAUAAGGGUAUCAUGGUACCCAUUACACAUGUGGUCAAGAAAUCCAAAGCUGGACUUGGAGAUGCUUAAAGGGGUAGCGCUCACUAGCGUAUCCGGGCUAGUUGUAAAUUUACUACUGGAACAAUAUGGGGUUGCGACUCAGGAAAUACGGUAUACUACUAUGCUUAGACAUAUUGGCAUGUUCGAAACGCUUAGGCUACUCGAACCACGAAUACCAAGCUUAGGAUUAAGAUAUUAUCCCCUUCCACGCAGUACUACGAAUCAAGAUAUUCAAGUCAACCUCCCGGAAUGCGAAUUAGACAAGAAAAGACUGGCAAACAUCACCCAAAAUUUUCUUCCUUACAAUGGAUUAAAAUGAAAAGGGAAUCCCUGGAUG